GCGGCGGCGGCAGCGGCAGCGGAGGCGGUGGCUCCAGCCGGCGCGGCGCGGCGCGGCGCGGGGUUCGGCUGUGGGAUCCGACCGCGGUGCUAGCUCCGCGCUCGGGGCUUCGCUCCCUACCCAGGGGCGGACGAAGGGCGCGGCGCGGAGCCUUGGUGGCCCGAGGGCGCGAAUCCAGCCUUGUCACGCCAUCCUGCCUCCUUGUUUUGGAAGUCCUGGGACGACUUUGGUCUGGAGGAGGAGGAGGAAGAUUUUGAUGUGUGUGGAGUGUGGUUGGUAGAAGAUGGCUGCUCCUGUCCCGUGGGCCUGCUGUGCUGUACUUGCUGCUGCUGCUGCUGUUGUCUACACCCAGAGACACAGUCCACAGGAGGUACCCCAUGUACAGUAUGAGCGACUGGGCUCCGAUGUGACACUGCCCUGUGGAACAGCAAACUGGGAUGCAGCUGUGACGUGGCGGGUGAAUGGGACGGAUCUGACCCCUGACCUGCUCAACGGCUCUCAGCUGGUGCUCCGUGGCCUGGAACUGGGCCACAGUGGUCUCUAUGCCUGCUUCCACCGUGACUCCUGGCACCUGCACCACCAAGUCCUGCUACAUGUGGGCUUGCCACCGCGGGAACCUGUGCUCAGCUGCCGCUCCAACACUUACCCUAAGGGCUUCUACUGCAGCUGGCAUUUGCCCACCCCCACCUACAUCCCCAACAUCUUCAAUGUGACUGUACUGCAUGGCUCCAAAAGUAUGGUGUGUGAGAAGGACCCAGCCCUGAAGAACCGUUGUCACAUCAGAUACAUGCACCUGUUCUCCACCAUCAAGUACAAGGUCUCCAUAAGUGUCAGCAAUGCCCUGGGUCACAACGCCACGGCUAUCACCUUUGACGAGUUCACCAUUGUGAAGCCCGAUCCUCCAGAAAAUGUGGUAGCCCGGCCAGUGCCCAGCAAUCCUCGCCGUCUGGAGGUGACAUGGCAGACUCCCUCAACCUGGCCUGAUCCUGAAUCCUUUCCUCUCAAAUUUUUUCUGCGCUACCGGCCCCUCAUCCUGGACCAAUGGCAGCAUGUGGAGCUGUCGGACGGCACGGCCCACACCAUCACGGAUGCCUAUGCUGGGAAGGAGUACAUCAUUCAGGUGGCUGCCAAGGACAAUGAGAUUGGGACAUGGAGUGACUGGAGCGUGGCUGCUCAUGCCACACCCUGGACCGAGGAACCACGACACCUCACCACUGAGGCCCAGACCCCGGAGACCACGACCAGCACCACCAGCUCACUGGCACCCCCUCCCACCACGAAGAUCUGUGACCCUGGGGAGCUGGGCAGCGGCGGAGGACCCUCAGUACCCUUCGUGAUUGGUGUUCCUGUCAUUCUGGCCCUGGCUGCCGCUGCUGCUCCUGCCAGCAGUCUCCUGAUCUGAGCCCGGCGUCCCAUGAGGACAUGCCAGAGCACCUGCAGAGGAGCAGGAGGCCGGAGCUGAGCCUGCAAGACCCCGGUUUCUAUUUUGCACACGGGCAGGAGAACCUUUUGCAUUCUCUUCAGACACAAUUUGUAGAGACCCCGGCAGGCCCGGGCCUGCCGUCCAGUCCCAUACGUAGCCCCACCACACCAAGCCGGCCCUCCUCCCUCCCUCAGGGGAGAAGGACCAUGCAGCUAACCCACCCACCAAAGACCCCCCCCCCUUUACCCUGGCCCCUCCCUUGGGCUGGAUCCUCCAAUGCCAGCGACUCCCAGGAGCCCUUGGGGGGGGGCCUGAGGGGAGCCCCUCACAUCCAGUUUCUCCUCCUGCCCCAGCCUCCUGUCUGUCCCAGGGUCUCUGUUGCCACCAUCAGAUUAUAAGCUCCUGACGCUGGGGGGGCCCAGCCAUCCCCCUCCCCCCAGUGCCCAUACUUUUCAGUCCCCCACCUCAGUCCCCUACCUGUUUUGUACAACUCUUCCCUGACCCUGUCCUACGCCCAGUAUUUAAUGCCCCCUGUCAGUCCCUCUAGUCUGACUCAAUGGUAACUUGCUGUAUUUGAAUUUUUUAUAGAUGUAUAUACUGGGGUGGGAGGGGUGGGGGG